AGGGAGGAAUUCCGUGAGUCGUACAAGAAGGAGCACCCUAAAAACAAAUCAGUAGCUGCUGUUGGUAAAGCUGGUGGCGAGAAAUGGAAGUCCAUGUCUGAGGCUGACAAAGCACCAUACGUUGCUAAGGCUGAGAAACGCAAGGCUGAUUAUGAGAAAGAAUUGAAAAGCUAUAACAAGAGACAGGCUGAAGGCCCAAAGGCGGAUGAUGAAGAGGAGUCUGAGAAGUCAAUGUCAGAGGUGAACGAUGAGGAUGAUGAUGAGGAGGGCAGUGGUGAUGAGGAUGAUGACGAGUAGGAAUUGGCUAGGAAGAUAGCAUAGUCAUUUAGGCUGUGACAGUGUUUGGACAACAUAUGUUAAUGUUUUGUGCUUCAUGUUAAUUUUUUUAGAUACUUUUAUCAUGUAAGGAUGAAGAUAGCAUAGU